CGAAUCCAUUUCCCCAAAGAUGGAUCGAAGUUGGAUUGUUCGAUGCUUUCUUUGCGUCCUACUCAUAACAGUUUCGAGUACUGUAUGUGCUUUAUCUGUGCGAGACAGCACCUAUGAUUCGGACUCGGGCAGGCGAAACUUUUUAUCAAGUUCUGCUUCGAUCAUUGGAGUGUCUACUUGGGGUUACUCGAGUUCUAAUGCAAACGCAGCCCAAACUAAGAACGUGAUUUCAAAUCGUUUGAAGGAAGAAAUUCUUUUCUUGCCUCCCCCAUCCACGGCAUCUGAGUUCAAUGGAGUUGAUAACCUGUACUUUCCCUCAUACUUGAAUGGAGAAUGGGAAGUCAUUCAGACACUGGUAGAUAUGCAAGCACCUCUUGGUAUGAAAUAUAUAGGUGGGCCAAACGGAAGUGUUGAGAUUGCGGAGAAGACAAUGAAAGAGGCACGGUCGAAAAUAGGGUUGCCAGUGAAAUUGAAUCUUCGUUAUGUUCCCACAAAAUGGGGGGUUGCUGAAGAUCGUCUCUACAACAGUGAAGCACGACUGAAUGCUUUUGCUCAAAAGAAUGUCGUUGCGUCGGUACAAUAUGCCGACGUAGGAGGCAGCAACCGCAAGUCUACAUUGGCUCUAGGAGGGACAAACGAGGAUCCCUUACAAACAACCCUUGUUUAUUUUAAAGGCCCUGCAGCACAGAAGAGUUUCGUCACUUCACAUGGGGCAGAAGAGGUGUCUGAGAUGGUUUGGACGGGAUACGAAGUACAAAGAUCUAUUUUCGCCUUGACGAAUCAGAACACAUCCCCUCCGAUCACCACUGAUUCAGAAUAUAUCUGGAGCUUCGAACUACUAGAUGCCAACAACAUACGCGGAAAACUGAGAAUUGCAGGUUACCUGAAUGCUCAAGCUGAUACUCUAUACUUUGAUGCUCGCAAUCGCGCCGUAUCGUUACAAGAUUAUACGUUGGACAUGAAAAGGCGUUAGUGAAAUUACUUUGGAUACGAAGGAUCUACUAAAUUCGAUCUGUCGUU